GCUGUCGGAUGAUGUUUAUAGCCAGGCCAGUAGUAGUGCUCCUGAGCUUCCUACUCUGUGCAGAUGCUGAAAUACCACCAAAGUUUGCAAGAACACCUGUUGACCAGACAGGGGUCUCAGGAGGAGUCGCAUCAUUCAUCUGUCAAGCUUCGGGAGACCCAAGACCUAAAAUUGUCUGGAAUAAAAAGGGCAAGAAAGUCAGCAAUCAGAGAUUUGAGGUAAUAGAGUUUGAUGAUGGAUCCGGAUCAGUCCUCAGAAUACAACCACUACGGACUCCACGAGAUGAAGCCAUUUAUGAAUGUGUCGCUUCUAACAGUGUUGGAGAAAUAAGUGUGUCUACAAGACUCACUGUAUUGCGUGAGGAUCAAAUUCCCCGUGGCUUCCCCACCAUUGAUAUGGGCCCACAGUUAAAGGUGGUUGAACGCACUCGAACAGCCACUAUGUUAUGUGCAGCCAGUGGCAAUCCUGAUCCUGAAAUAACUUGGUUCAAAGAUUUUUUACCAGUGGACACAAGCAACAACAAUGGGCGAAUCAAACAAUUGCGAUCAGAAUCUAUUGGUGGUACACCAAUAAGAGGUGCCCUCCAAAUCGAAUUGAGUGAAGAAUCUGACCAAGGCAAAUAUGAGUGUGUUGCAACCAACAGUGCGGGUACCCGCUAUUCUGCCCCUGCCAAUCUAUAUGUCAGAGAGCUGCGAGAAGUUCGUCGGGUUCCACCAAGGUUCUCAAUCCCACCCACCAACCACGAGAUCAUGCCAGGAGGAAGUGUUAAUAUCACUUGUGUUGCUGUGGGGUCACCAAUGCCCUAUGUCAAAUGGAUGCUGGGGGCUGAAGAUCUGACCCCAGAAGAUGAUAUGCCAAUAGGAAGGAAUGUCUUGGAGCUAAAUGAUGUCAGGCAGUCUGCCAACUACACCUGUGUGGCCAUGUCUACUCUUGGUGUCAUAGAAGCAAUAGCGCAGAUAACUGUCAAAGCCUUACCUAAACCUCCAGGAACUCCAGUUGUGACAGAAAGUACAGCAACAAGCAUCACUUUGACUUGGGAUUCUGGAAACCCUGAGCCAGUGUCUUACUACAUAAUCCAGCAUAAACCUAAAAGCUCUGAGGAACCUUAUAAGGAAAUUGAUGGAGUGGCCACCACACGAUACAGCGUUGCUGGUUUAAGCCCAUAUUCUGAGUAUGAGUUCAGAGUAGUUGCUGUCAAUAAUAUUGGACGGGGUCCACCCAGCGAACCUGUGUCAACACGGACCUCAGAGCAGGCACCAUCUAGUGCACCACGCAAUGUACAGGCACGUAUGUUGAGUUCAACCACAAUUUUGGUGCAGUGGGAAGAACCAGAGGAACCAAAUGGUCAAAUACAAGGUUACAGAGUUUAUUAUACCAUGGACUCUUCCCAACACGUCAACAGUUGGUUGAAGCAUAAUGUGGCUGACAGCCAUAUCACCACCAUUGGAAAUCUAAUACCACAGAAAACCUACUCUGUAAAAGUUCUUGCUUUUACCUCAGUUGGGGAUGGACCUCUUUCUAGUGAUAUUCAAGUCAUCACUCAGACAGGAGUACCUGGACAGCCUUUGAACUUCAAGGCAGAACCAGAGUCUGAAACAAGCAUAUUACUUUCUUGGACCCCUCCACGGUCUGACACCAUCUCCAAUUAUGAUCUUGUUUACAAAGAUGGAGAACAUGGAGAAGAGCAGAGAAUUUCUAUUGAACCAGCAACAUCUUACCACUUACAAGGUCUGAAACCAAAUAGUUUGUAUUACUUCCGUCUUUCUGCACGCUCUCCACAAGGCCUUGGUGCUUCAACGGCAGAAAUUUCAGCUAGAACAAUGCAGUCAAAGCCAUCAGCUCCUCCUCAAGACAUUAGUUGCAACAGCCCCAGCUCCACUAGCAUUUUGGUAAGUUGGCAGCCUCCUCCAGUGGAAAAACAGAAUGGAAUUAUCACUUCAUACUCCAUCAAGUACACUGCAGUUGAUGGGGAAGAUGACAAGUCCCAUGACAUUUUGGGAAUUGCUCCGGACACUACACAAUACCUUUUGGAACAGUUGGAAAAAUGGACUGAAUAUCGGAUUUCUGUGACAGCCCACACUGAUGUUGGACCUGGCCCAGAGAGUGAAUCUGUAUUGAUUCGGACAGAUGAAGAUGUUCCUAGUGGUCCUCCUCGCAAAGUCGAGGUAGAGGCUGUCAACUCUACAUCUGUUAAAGUGUCAUGGCGUUCCCCAGUGCCCAAUAAGCAGCAUGGACAAAUCCGAGGAUACCAGGUGCAUUAUGUGAAGAUGGAAAAUGGAGAGCCUAGGGGCCAACCCAUGCUGAAGGAUAUCAUGUUGGCUGAUGCACAGUGGGAAUAUGAUGAUACUACUGAACAUGAAAUGAUUAUAUCAGGACUACAGCCUGAGACAACAUAUUCCCUAACUGUCACAGCCUAUACAACUAAAGGAGAUGGUGCACGCAGCAAGCCCAGACUGGUGUCUACUACUGGUGCAGUUCCAGGGAAACCUCGCCUUGUGAUUAGUCAUACACAAAUGAGUACGGCUCUCAUUCAGUGGCAUCCCCCUGCUGACACAUAUGGCCCCCUGCAGGGGUACCGCCUGAGAUUUGGCCGCAAAGACAUGGAUACAUUUAAGAUGCGGGAAUUUACUGAGAAGGAUGACCACUACACAGCCACAGAUAUCCACAAAGGAACUUCCUACGUCUUCAGGCUUUCUGCUAGAAAUAAAGUGGGCUUUGGAGAGGAAAUGGUUAAAGAAAUUUCAAUUCCAGAAGAUCUGCCAAGUGGAUUCCCUCAGAACCUACAUUCGGAAAGUGCCACUUCAUCAUCAGUCCAGUUAACUUGGGAGCCACCCCUGUUAUCGGAGAGAAAUGGAAAUAUCACCAAAUAUACCCUGCUGUAUAGGGACAUCAAUGUGGCACAUCAUCCAACAGAGAUCCCAAUUGUUCCUGCUGAUACUGUUAUGACACUUUCGGGCCUAAAACCAGAUACCACAUAUGAUGUAAAAAUUCGUGCACACACAAGCAAAGGGCCUGGUCCAUAUAGUCCAAGUGUCCAGUUCAGGACACUACCUGUGGAUCAAGCAGUGUUUGCAAAAAAUUUUCACGUCAAAGCUGUAAUGAAGACAUCAGUAUUGCUCUCUUGGGAGAUACCAGAGAAUUAUAACUCUGCCAUGCCUUUCAAAAUCCUAUAUGAUGAUGGGAAAAUGGCGGUUGAGGUGGAUGGCCGAGCCACUCAGAAACUGAUCACCAACCUGAAGCCUGAGACUUCAUAUUCAUUUGUCCUAACCAAUAGAGGAAAUAGUGCUGGAGGUCUUCAGCACAGAGUGACAGCAAAAACAGCACCAGAUGUACUGCGAACCCAACCACUUUUUAUCGAUAAGACCAAUGUUGAUGGCAUGGUAACAGUGAAACUACCAGAAGUACCUGCAAAUAAAACUAUAAAAGGUUACUAUAUAGUAAUUGUGCCUUUGAAGAAGUCUCAUGGGAAAUUUAUCAAGCAAUGGGAGAGCCCAGAUGAAAUGGAAUUAGAUGAGCUACUUAAGGAGAUUGCACGGAAACGGAGAAGCAUUCGUUUGGGAAGAGAAGCAGAUUUAAAGCCAUAUAUUGCAGCACACUUUGAAGUACUUCCUACUGAGUUCACCCUAGGGGAUAAGAAACAAUAUGGUGGCUUUGAGAACAAGCAGCUCCAAAACGGCCAAGAAUAUGUUGUCUUUAUUUUAGCUGUUAUGGAACAUUCAGAAUCUACCAUGUACGCAACCAGCCCAUAUUCGGAAACUGUUGUGUCAGUGGAUCUUAAUCCCCAACCAAUUACAGAUGAAGAAGAAGGCUUGAUUUGGGUUGUAGGACCAGUUCUAGCAGUUGUGUUUAUCAUCUGUAUUGUUAUAGCUAUACUGCUUUAUAAAAGUAGUAAACCUGACAGGAAAAGGGCAGAGACAGACUCUAGGAAGAGCAGCAUACCCAACAGCAAGGAAAUUCCUUCCCACCACCCCACUGACCCAGUAGAACUGCGACGCCUUAAUUUUCAGACUCCAGGUUCAAGUGUCUCUGGUAACCUUCAUUCUUCAAGCAUGGCUAGCCAUCCACCAAUACCUAUUUUGGAACUUGCAGAUCACAUUGAAAGGCUGAAAGCUAAUGACAAUUUGAAGUUUUCCCAGGAAUAUGAGUCAAUUGACCCAGGCCAGCAAUUCACAUGGGAGCACUCUAACCUGGAAGUAAAUAAACCAAAGAAUAGAUAUGCGAAUGUAAUUGCUUAUGACCAUUCUCGAGUUCUCCUGUCAGCUAUAGAAGGCAUACCAGGCAGUGAUUAUAUCAAUGCUAACUACAUAGAUGGUUACAGAAAGCAGAAUGCCUAUAUUGCAACACAAGGAGCCCUCCCUGAAACUUUUGGAGACUUCUGGAGAAUGAUGUGGGAACAAAGGGGUGCAACUGUUGUCAUGAUGACCAAAUUGGAAGAAAGAUCCAGGGUCAAGUGUGAUCAGUACUGGCCUAGCAGAGGAACAGAAACAUACGGACUGAUCCAGGUGACCUUGCUGGACACCGUAGAAUUAGCAACAUACUGUGUUAGAACAUUUGCACUUUACAAGAAUGGGUCAAGUGAGAAAAGAGAAGUAAGGCAGUUCCAAUUCACUGCCUGGCCUGACCAUGGAGUUCCAGAACACCCUACACCAUUCCUAGCUUUCCUACGACGAGUCAAAACCUGUAAUCCUCCUGAUGCUGGACCAAUGGUUGUUCACUGCAGUGCUGGAGUUGGCAGGACCGGCUGUUUCAUUGUAAUAGAUGCCAUGCUAGAGAGAAUAAAGCAUGAAAAGACUGUAGAUAUUUAUGGCCACGUAACUCUAAUGAGAGCCCAGAGGAAUUACAUGGUUCAAACAGAGGACCAAUACAUCUUCAUCCAUGAUGCACUGCUUGAAGCAGUGACAUGUGGAAAUACCGAAGUGCCGGCCCGAAACCUGUAUGCAUAUAUUCAGAAGCUGACACAAAUAGAAGCAGGAGAGAAUGUCACAGGAAUGGAACUGGAAUUUAAGCGGCUAGCCAGCUCUAAAGCUCACACAUCAAGAUUCAUCAGUGCCAAUCUUCCAUGUAAUAAAUUUAAAAAUCGCCUUGUUAAUAUUAUGCCAUAUGAAUCCACAAGGAUAUGUUUGCAGCCUAUCCGAGGGGUAGAAGGUUCUGAUUAUAUCAAUGCCAGCUUUAUCGAUGGAUACAGACAACAGAAAGCUUAUAUAGCUACACAGGGACCUUUGGCAGAAACAACAGAAGAUUUCUGGAGGAUGCUUUGGGAACACAAUUCAACCAUUGUAGUUAUGCUUACUAAGCUACGAGAAAUGGGCAGAGAAAAGUGCCACCAGUACUGGCCAGCAGAGCGCUCAGCAAGGUAUCAGUACUUCGUGGUGGAUCCCAUGGCAGAGUACAACAUGCCACAAUACAUCCUAAGAGAAUUCAAGGUCACAGAUGCCAGGGAUGGCCAGUCCCGAACAGUGCGGCAGUUCCAGUUCACCGACUGGCCUGAACAAGGAGUGCCAAAGUCAGGGGAAGGGUUCAUUGACUUCAUAGGCCAAGUGCAUAAAACAAAAGAGCAGUUUGGGCAAGACGGGCCAAUCUCUGUUCACUGUAGUGCGGGUGUUGGAAGGACUGGAGUGUUCAUUACCCUGAGCAUCGUGUUGGAAAGAAUGAGAUAUGAAGGUGUUGUAGAUAUCUUCCAGACUGUCAAAAUGUUACGGACGCAACGGCCAGCCAUGGUACAGACAGAGGAUCAAUAUCAGUUCUGCUAUCGAGCCGCAUUAGAAUACCUGGGCAGCUUUGAUCACUAUGCAACGUAAAUAAACAAAACAAAAAACCCUGACCCUUCCUGGAUUUUUAACUGCAGGCCCUUUAAGAUCCGGUGAGCCUCUUCUGAGCCAUACAGUGUGCUUGAGAAGUACUUCUUUACUCCUAACUAAAGACCAAUUAGUGGGAAAUAUUAAAAGGAAAAAAAAAACAGUUCCAGAUGGACCAACAAUUCAUAAUUCAAUAAACCUAGCCAGAAACAACAGAAGAAUCCUGACUGGUUGAGGCGUCUGAAGGAUUACAUUUUACAGAUACUUCAAGGAUUCAGCUCUGGUUGAAAUUAAAGGGAAGAGGAAAUUCCUGCAAAGAACCAUCAUCUUGUUCAGGAUUGCAUGAUUGUUACCAGUGCUAAUCUUGGAAGGACUGCAAUUCAGGGCAAGAUGCUCAUCUAAAAGCCAGUACCUGGCUCCUCUGGAAGAAAAUGGACUCUUUGCUUCAACAUCUCCCCUUCAUACCGUAUUGCUCAUAAAUAACACUUUGGGGGGUGGGAGGGAGAAGGGCGAAUGUUUAAAAAGAAAGUCCUUGAUUUAGUUUUUUAGUAUUGUAAAGAUACUGCUGACCUGUGCUUCAUUUUUAACUGUGUAAACUUUUCUUUUUUUAAAACAAAAGUUUAUCAUUCAAUGAAGUGAUUAAAAAAAGUUGCAUAACUGUUCAUUUUUUGUUUCAGAAUUGUAGUUUUUUUAUGCUGUAGAACUGUUAUCUGUAAUAUCUCGCUGUAGAAAUGUUAAAUAAUUUGAAAAUUUGCACAUUUUUGUGCAGCCCUAUAUUUAUCUCCAGGACCACAUCCUCAUGUAGGUAUUACUUUCACAUGUUGAUUUUGAUUUUUUUAAAUGAAAUAUCAAUCAGUUAAUCUACAUAUGGAAGGCUUUGUUUUUGUUUCUUUUGGAAUCAACAGGGAAGCGCAAAGUAUAAAGCUGCUACUAAUACACAAACACACACCUUUCUCUUUCUAUCUAUAAAUAUAUGUAUAUCUCUCUGAUUAUCUCUCUAUCUAUCUACAGCAAUACAUGUAGAUAGAUAGACAGAAAUGCACACAAGUAUAAAUAAAUAUAUGUAUAUACACACACACACACACACACACACACACACAUGUAUCAGUUCUUCCAUGACUUGGAUUUGUUGGAGCUGUGGGAUAAAAUCCAAAAUGCUACACUGAGUCCAUACAAUAUUUCUGAACAUUUUUGCAUUUCAAGAUUUUUUUUCUUUUUCUUUUCCUAGGGGAAAUGAGGAAUGCACAUCAGUGAUACUUGAAUCUCAGUCCUACCCAAAAAUAAAGGACAGAAACCGUGUGUGCAUGCACACACACACUCACAUUUAUAAUGUUAAAGCUUCCAGUAAAGUUUGGUAUUUGUAACACCUUUAGUGCAAUAACAGACCAUACUAAAUAUAGGAAGUAUGCAUGUGGGAAAGGUCAGUGCAUAUCCCCUUAGGAGGGGAGAAUGUUGUAAUAUAAUAAUUGUCAAGAUGUUUUAAAAAUGUAUUCUAUCGUAUAACUGUCUAUAGUAUACAGUAAAAAAUUAGCAUUGAUGAUGUAUAAUGGGGCAAAGCCAAACUCAUGUUGCUCUGUUAAAUCAGAAAUGUUUUGUGGCAUACGGCAUUUGUUGGAAAUGCUGAAAUUUUUUUAUUUUUAUUUUUUGCAUUUAGAGUGCCUUAUAUUUGAUGCCUAUUUUGAUAGCAUUUCUUCUCAUUUCGUUCUGUUUGUAUUGGCGUUAGUUAACUCAUACUUCUCUGUUACACUCUCCCCUCCUCUUUCGAUUAAAGCAUUAUCUUUUCCAUGUAUGUACAAAGAGGUCUUUUAACAAUAUGCAUUCCUGGUGUUUACCCAAGGGUUAAAUAUGAAUAAAUAUUAUCCAAAGCCGUUGGGUAGUCAGGAGCCCAGUAAUGAGCCAAGCUAUGUUAGUGCUUGGCUUCUUCUAAAUUGGCAUUUGCAACCAUUGUGUUGGUGAUUAGGCCCUAGCAUUGCCAUUGUAGAGAAACAAUAGGUUUCCUGCUGGCAUGAGGAGCAGCCAUUAAGGUGGUUCUUAAUCCUAACUCAUGCCCCUGUCUUUCACUUAAGGCUAAGGCAUGCACAUCAUCAUCCUUACGUUUUGGGGCCUCCUUAGGUCCGUGUGGCCAGGUAAAGGGACAUGGGACGCAGAAGAGGUUAUGUCUCUUUCUGAUGUUUAACACAAAGUGUCAUUUAAGGCAGUUUAAAGGAAGCCAUUAUUCUCUUGUCUUGGUCUAGGUCAAACCUGGUACCAUGUAAGAACACACAUAUCAAAAGAACAAUUAUUUUGAUUUAGGAUUUAUUUUUCCCAUAUUUUAUUCAUCACUACCAGAAACAGAUAUAUUAAAAGACCAAACACUAGAAACCAUUCUAUUUGAGCACUUUUAUAAAAAACAAAAAACUUAAAAAGCGCAAAACUGGGAAAAAUUAAAAGUAUAUAUGUAUGAUAAUAAUAAUAAUAAUAAAAGUAUUAUAGAAGGCUACCUCAGAAUGAGAUUCUCUAAUUUACAUCAGAAUCGGAGAAGAAUGUGCACUAUAUGUUUCCUUUUCAUUUCUGUCAAAAGAAUAUUGAAAGUGCCAGAUAAUGCAAUGAACUUGUGCUUUUAGCCAAAAGUACAGUCAACAGACACUCAUGAUUGAAAAAAAUGCUACGCUUUAGAAGCACAGAGGGAAGGCACGUCUGCACAGUAAUUUUCUGUGUUCUCAAUUUGAUAAUUAAGUGCAAAAUUGGAAACGCAGAAAGCAAUAUCCCCCGCAAAGGGAGGCAUUGUUUCACAUGGGGUUUUCGUGUAUCUUUGUUCCAAGGAAACCUGCAGUGCAGGCUAUAUCAGGGGUUCAAUGCAGGCUGUGCACAGAAACCACAUGUCUUGUGGAGAUCAUAUGAUGUGUAUGGCUGAUCCCUCUAGAAAGCCCUGUCUGGACAUGCUCCAGGAAGGCCUGUUGCUCAUGAGAGCAAUUGAUAAAUCAGGCCUUCCACUCGCCAACAAUGUUUUUUUGGGGGGAGGGACUAUUAGGAAAACUGCUUUUGAAAGCGGGUGCUUCACAGGAGGAAAUAAAAAUAACAUCUGUACAUGUUCCCAUCGAAACUGCUAUUCAGGAGUUGCUUCUAAAGGGAACUCUGUCAGAAUCAUUGAUGUGCAUUCCAUUUUCUGUAACUUUUUUGUGUAGCGGUUCUCUUCUUUCUCAAUUUUUUUUUAAUUAACAGGUCUCAUUGCCUGCCAUUUACCAAGCUCGGGAUUGGGUUUCAUCAGCAUAACCAGUACGGUGCUAUUAUUUACCUAUGUAUGUGUAGUUAUGUAUAAUUUUGUAAUUAGUUAACAAUGGAGAAAUACGCAAAAUAUAUAAAAAUUAUUUGUACAGAACUUUUAUUUUAGCUCUUUUUUAAAAAAAAUGGUUUGCAUGGUUAGACAUUGGCAAGGAUGGCUGGGGGAAGGGAGGGGGUCCUCUAGGGAGAAUUGCACUUUCUAUACCUUUCUACUAUGCACUGCCCUAUUGAUUCUACACCCAAUAGUAUUAUUACUUGAACCCAUCUGUAAGAAAACUGCUUAUGAAAAUCCACUUGUGUGUAUGUAAAUAACACAAAACAUGUUAAAGGGAGGGGGGAGUUUGCAGGGGCAACAACAAAAAGCAGGUUUUCCUCCCCUUCUUCUCCCCCCACCCUUUUAUCUUUUUUAUCUCUUUCUUUCGAAUGCCCUGAUACUCCACCAGAAUAUCAGAAGGCUGCAGGUCCCGUCAUCCAUCUGUUACGUGGCUUUGCCAUUCAAGCUUGGAGUGUCUUUACAAAGAUAAUACCAAUUGUGUUCUUUGCUCUCGUUUUGGAUGCCUAGAUUGAAAAAUUUAAAAAAAAUUACCUUGUAAAAUGGCUUGUUAAAAAAAAAUACAAUUACCUCUAAUUAGUAGUACGCGUAAAUGUUUUACAGGAUGAAAGGUGUGCUUUUUAUUUUCUUACUUCGUUACAUUGGUGGCGAAAGAAAGUCUGUAUGAAAAUCAGUUCUUUGCUGACACAAGUUCCAUUUGUUACAAAUAAAUUCUAAUAAAAAUG